UUUGCUGUGUUUCUUUGAAUAAAUCGGAAAAUUACUCGGCCUCACACAUGCUAUAAAAACCCACUGGAUUUUCGCUAAGUUCAACACAACCUCUCUCCUUUUCCUUGUAAAACUGUAACUGCAUUUCAUUCCACUUCUCUCUACAAUGCCUUACAACGUUACUCCCAUUCCCGAUGUCGAUGAUGACCAAAAACUACAACAAUACAUCCAGGAUAGACGUGUCAUUGGUUAUGACCCAUUGGUUCAGCCUGCCUUGCUUAGGCAUGAAGUUCAGCCCACAGCGGCCUCACAGCUCACAAUUGCAGCUGCCCGCUACAAUGCUGCUCGCAUUGUAGCCGGUCAGGAUGACCGUGUCCUCGUCAUCGUUGGUCCCUGCUCCAUUCACUGCGCAGACCAGGCUAUUGAGUAUGCCAACCUACUCAAAUCCAAAUUGUCAUCAUGGGAUAAUCUUCUCAUCGUGAUGCGCGCGUACUUAACUACUGUUGGAUGGAAAGGCCUCAUCAACGACCCGGACAUCGAUGGUUCUUACAAGAUUAACAAGGGUCUUCGAGUGGCUAGACAGCUCCUCUGUGACCUUACCGAUAUUGGUGUCCCUGUCGGUUCCGAGCUGCUCGAUACCAUCUCGCCUCAAUAUAUUGCUGACCUUAUCUCUUGGGGAGCAAUUGGUGCCCGAACAACGGAAUCUCAGCUCCACCGCGAGCUCGCUUCCGGUGUUUCUUUCCCUAUAGGGUUCAAGAACGGUACUGAUGGAAGUGUCACAGUUGCUAUUGACGCCAUGCGGUCCGCCUCUAACCCACACGCUUUCAUGGGUGUGACGGAACAAGGUCUUGCCGCUAUCGUCAAGACACGAGGAAACCAGGAUGUUCACGUCAUCCUCCGUGGUGGCACCAAGGGUCCCAAUUACGCAUCCGAGCAUGUUCGCGCUGCUUCUAAAUCAAUCGAGAAGGCGCGGCCGACGAACCAUGCCAGCAUUAUGAUUGACUGUAGCCACGGGAAUUCUCAGAAGAACCACAACAAUCAACCUAAAGUGGUCGAUGUUAUCUGCUCGCAACUCGCUGCUGGUGAUAAGAACAUCACCGGUGUCAUGAUUGAGUCGCAUAUCAACUCGGGACGCCAAGAUGUUCCUGCUGAGGGUCCCUCUGGCUUGAAGCAUGGUGUCUCGAUCACCGACGCAUGUGUGGAUUGGGAGUGUACUGUGGGCAUGUUGGACAGGCUCAACGAAGCUGUCAAGGCACGCCGCAAUUACCUCGUGGAGCAAGGUUUCCAACGGCCAGCUGGCUUCCAACGUGAAACCCCUCCAUCGCCAUGAAUUUAGAUCUAUCUUGUACCUCUGCGGAUGCUCUGUUUCAUGUACGUGUUCCACACGCGUGCGUUGUAUUUUAGCCUGUCACACUACUUCCCAUCGUCCAUAGUAUUAGAUCUUUAGACGAAGGAUUCCUCACUCGCUGUAUUCAAUAGCAUCGAGGCCUUGCACGGUUAAACUAUUCUUAUGCUUUAUCUUUUGUUACCUAAAACAUCAUGUUACGAUAAUUAUGAAAAUAUUUCUGGCUGAUUCAUGGAUAAUACAUAUCUUUCGCAC